AUGGCUUCCAAUAAGUUGGCUAUUGCGACAGUAUCCCUGGGCCAACAUCCAUCGCACUCACUGGAUCGUAAAAUUCGCGCCGCAGCCAAAGCUGGUUUCAAUGGCCUCGAGAUAGUUUUCUCGGAUUUAGAAUCCUACUCAAAGUCUCUAAAUGUCUCUAUUCUGGAUACUGCCGACAAAGUCAAAGAACUAUGCAAUCAGAGCGGCUUGGAGAUUCUUUCUUUAGCGCCGUUUGAGAACUAUGAAGGGGACAGAUCCCCAUUGAACGACAGAUUGCAAAAGGCAAAGCUUUGGAUGGACGUCGCCCGUAGACUCCAAGCACCAUAUCUGCAGAUUCCUUCUCAUUACGGACCCGAUGCUCAAGGAAACAACGAAGUUAUUGUGUCGGAGCUUAGACAGCUAGCGGAUCUCGGAAGCUCAAAACAACCACUUGUGUCGAUCGCAUACGAAGCUCUCUCAUGGGGUACUCAUUGUUCCACAUGGGAAGAUUCUUUGAAGAUUGUUAAUGCAGUGGAUCGUCCCAAUUUUGGCUUGUGCAUUGACAAUUUUCACGUUGUGACAAAGGUGUGGGGCGACGCCUUUGCUUUAUCUGGAAAGUUUCCUGAUGCAGACCAACUUCUCGAAGAAACAUUGCAGCGUUUCGUCACGGGAUGUCCUAUGGAAAAGAUAUUCUUUAUCCAACUGUCUGAUGGCGAAAAAUUCGAUCCUCCAUUUUCGAAAGAACAUCCCUGGUAUCUGGAAGGCGAGGCGCCUCAGUUUACAUGGUCAAGACAUGCACGGCCUUUUCCACUAGAGACACAGUUUGGGGCGUAUAUGCCUAUGACUGCGAUUGUGAGAUCAUGGUUACUGGAGAAAGGAUAUGCUGGUUGGGUGUCUCUUGAAAUCUUUGAUCGGCGCAUGCGAGAUGAAAACAAUGGGCCAGAGGACUCCGCUCGACGAGGAGUCGAGUCCUGGAGAAAACUACAAGCGAGUCUCAAGGCAUCCAAUUUGUAA